AUGACGGGAAUUGCUUCGCAGUGGCUGCUCCUUGUUAUCCUCGCCGUUGCACUCACCGUGCCAUGUUUUUGUGGCGGUGAUCAUGAUCAGGCACAAAUCCAGUUUGAUACCAGCAGCAGCAGCAGCAGCGUCACGGUCACGGUGACCAGCGACGACCAACAGCGUCUAUCCAAGAUCGAUCCCGACAGUGGAAUUGUCAUCAAUUGGACUGCUUUGGAAGAGAUUGCAGUCAAUUAUUCCCACAGUCCCCCGGAAGAAUGGUUGCCUCCACCGACUGCCAAUUGUUCCUGUCUCCACAUGAAGUACCGUCCUCUCUACUGUCCUUGGUAUCUCAAACCCUUUCGAGACCCCUUUGAUUUUGUCGUGACGGAAACCACCAAGUGGCCGGUAUCGAGAAAGCUGUUGUCCUGUCAUACGAAUACGGAUGAUACCAACAACAGCAUGCUCAAUGGACCCAUUCAUACCGGUCUUCCCAUGAUUGCUUUUUUUGGAACCGAAUGUUGUCGGGUAUUUGACAAUGCCACACAAGGAUACAUGGCACUCUCCGCCUUUGACGAUUGCUGGUACGAAAAAGACGAGCUACAAACCUGCUUUGCACAAGGGCAUCGUGUCCCACAACAUUUGACCAAUCUGUCACCCAAACAAUACCAGGCACUCUUGCGCAAUGCCACCUAUGCCGAUCGAGCAACGCCUCAUUUGUGA